CGUCAAAUCAAUUUAAACAAGUGUCUCAAACCUUUGUUUUUAAUGAUUUAAUUUGUUUUUCUUGGUAAAUUCAACACUAACAUUAUUCUGCUCAAUUUUUUAAAAACAUUUAAUCGCUCACGCACGUGUGUUCUUUAUUUACCGAUCAGCUGACACAGUGGCAGGCUUUGUCCUGCAACAGUUAUAUUUUUAAUAUUUAAUUACUCUCGUUUGAAUGAAUGCAAUAUUUUUUAAUUUAGAUUAAUCGAAUAAUGUUGAAAUUAAUUACAUACGCCAAAAAUGAUUUGAAAUUAAUAUCAUUGAAAAUAUCUUUCGGAUUCUUUUGAAUUUUUGAGGUUAGUGAUGGAUAAUAACAGAGUAAAAUUGAACUAAAACACGAUUAUUCUAAUAUACUUUCGCAGUGAUGAUUCGCGAGUGGUUGAGUAAUACAUGAAAAUAUUAAGUACAACUAUAUAAACGAAUAUCUUUGAAGCAGUUUAAUGAGUUAGUGCUAAUAUUCUCAUUCAAGUAUGAAUCUAGCAAAGAGGUUCUGUCUAUUGGAAAAACUGUUUGGAACAUUGAAAAAAUAUACCACACUGACGACAGCCUCGCUCCUUGUUGAAAAACGCGAUGCUCACGUGAAAAAUUUACUGCGAACGAGAAUUUGUGAUUUCUUGAAGAAAAAUGGGAAGAUAAAUGAUUACGAUGAAAACUCCAAAAUGAACGCUCAAAUAGCUGAAACUUCCAAUGGAAUAAACGAUUCAAAUUUAUUCAAAACAUACUCACUGCAGUAUAACAACCUCGUAGCUUUGCUGGAGGCUUAUGUUCGUAAGGAACGAUCUGAUGGAAAGGAAUAUUAUUUGAGUACCAUUGACGACGAAUACUGCAAGCUUUUAGGAGUAUUAACGGUAUCACAAAUAUUUCACUUGUUGCAUUUACUUAUGAAAACUGGUAGCAACAUUACAUUGCUUAAAUCAUACAAAAGUUCCCUCUUAGCGUUGAGAAAAUACUUAGAGAGAGAUUGUUUGAGUAAGGAAGAAAAACUGCAGCUGUUGUUUUUUGAAGGAUUAUCCAAACGACCAGCUCGAAAGUAUGUUAAAUCAUUGUUAAAUACAUUGCCACCUUUUCAAGAUUUAUCUUUCAUGGAAAAAAUUGUUGUGGCUCAUACGACUUUCCAAUGUAGCGUUAGGCUUGAUCUUCAAGACACAAGAUUGCUCGAAGAACACUUGGAAAAUAAUGUCAAAGAACUCAUUGAAGAUCCACCAAUUUUGUCCACAAUUUGCAAAGCUUUGAGCUAUGCCGGAAUGAGUGAAAAAUUUUCUCUGGACAAUUUGGAUCGAGAGAUCUUGAAUAGUCCAAAAAAAAUUAGUAUAACCAAUGCUGGUCAUCUUCUAAGUUUUUAUGUACAAGCAAAUCACCUGAAUUCGGAAAUCGUUCAAAGGCUCGUUUGUGAUUCAAUGGCACAAAUAAUUGAAGAUAGAAACAGAAAGAAAUGGGUCAGAAUUAAAGAUUUUGAUAAUAUUGUUAGAGCUUUGAGUUGGCUCAAUCACAGACUGAAUGAAGUUCACAAGGAGGAGUUGGCUUUGUUUGUGUCCAGAAGAUACAGAGAGUUUACGGAAAGUCCUCAUCUACUAAUCAACACACUUUUGGCCUUAUGGACUCUCGAUUGUCGACUUCACGAAAUUAUUGACAAAGGUUUAAGUGAUGGAACUUUUGAACUUGUUAAACAAGAAACGAAAUUUUGGAAACGAGUUGCCAGAUUGCAUUUGCUCCUUGUUUGCAUUAAAAUCGAAGCUCCAGAGACAAAUUUGCCCAGCGAACUCUUCGAGUUUCCUGAGGUGGGACUCGAAAUUCUCAAGCCUGUAAAAAAGCUCUGCAAGCUUAUUAAGGAAUUAGAUAAUAAAUUAGAGAUGAAUGAGAUUAGAAUCGAUUGCCCAGUGGAAGCGAUGUACAUACCUGGUGUAAGUUUCGAAAGAAAACAAAUGUCAUUCCACCUUGACUUGUUGAAUAAAACAACGUGUUUCAAAAGCACAGAAGUUCCUCAUGGCUUAAUGAAUUUGAAACUGCGAUUACUUGAGAAAAUCGGGUAUACUUCGAUCCUGAUUCCUGAAGAUAAAUCUACGGACGCAGAUUUUGUUUUAUCGGAAAUAAAGAAAUCUGUGGAAAAAAAUACUGUCGUCAAAUCUGUGGUAAAACUAGAGCCUCGAUUAAUGGAAAAGUCUUGAGGGAAUGAGGACAUGGUGAAAUGACCAAACUUUGACAAAUUUCGUUGAAAAAGGUCCAAGGUAUCGCAUCCAUAUGAGCAUGACGUCGAUAAAUGUCCAAACGCCGAGUCCUCCAAAACUGAAUAAUUUGCCGAUACCUUCCUGCCAAUGGCCCAGAUAAAAUCUGUCGGCGCCAAAACCUCCAAGUGUUAUACUCAGAAUAAGAGCGGUCGACCAUCUGUAACCACCGGUCCAGUUGCAUCGUAAAUUCUUCAUAAACCUUCGUCUACCCAGACACACAAUGUCAUCGUUGACUGUACAAUUUGUUCUGAAAUUGUAUGAAAUUUAGAGGUACUCUUAUUUCAAGAUUUUGUUUCAAAAACGUAGAUCAUGUACCAAGAAGUUUUGUUCGUAUGAUUGAUUUUUGGAAAAAUUGUUUUUCCCAGAUAAUAGUAAAUGUUGAGAAGACUUUGUGAAGAGAAUAAAGAUUUUGCAAAUUUGA